AGAUGUGCUUGGUUUGAAGAAACUGAUUCAUUUCUUGAUGGGAAGAAAAAUCUUGCUUAGUUUUUCACUUAUUUCUUUUUGUAUGGGAUUUUCACUAACUUUGGACCAGAUUCUUGCAAGGAAGAAUGUAAGUUUCAUCUCUCGAACAUCUUCAAAUAAAGAAGUGAUUAUAAAUGAUCAUCAGAGUAAUGGAGAUGUGAAUCCAAUCCAGAAUUUCACAACAAUACCAAUCAUAAAGGCUUCCAACUACACUCCGAGCAGACAAGGACAUUUAGAAAAAGAACCUUGGAAUGGAUUCAACCAUCAUAGCCCAGUUAAUGUCUCCAUGGAUGGAAUUCCCUGCAUUCUUUUCUGGGCCAAAGGAAUAACAAUAAAAUUUAAGAAUCAGACCUGGCUGGACCUUACAGAUGAAGCUUUUGGCCAGAAGGCAACCGUGGACAUUAUCAACUCAAACUGCAGUGAAGAAAGUGCCACUUUGUCUCUGAAGUUUGGUGAUGCUGAAAUUCCCAAAGGUCUUGAUAUAAGAUUCACCCUUACCAAUUACAACAAGUUGUACCUCCAGAGCUGGUUUAGUCUGCAUCGAGUCGAGAUUAUUGUCAAUAAUUCAAUCCAAGCAACUUAUAACGCAACUGGUGUAUAUGCUCCAUCAAGUUAUUCCUACCACUGCCAGCAUGUCAGCAGCCUGCAGCGAUAUGAUGCCCUCUUGUUGCCCAGCGACACAGAUGAUAUGUCAAGCCUGUGGGAGGUCACUUUUGUUGAUUUCCAGAUCCAAGGCUUUACCAUCAAGGGGAGGCAGUUUGGCAAGGCCCGAGACUGUGCCUCCUCCUUCUCACCAGCCAUUCUGAUCGGCCUGGCCAUGUCCCUGAUCCUGCUGCUGGUGUUGGCCUACGCACUACACAUGCUCAUCUACCUGCGGUAUCUGGAGCGGCACUAUGGUUUCAUCACCUCUCCGGCCCACUUCCCCCAGUUGAAAGCUCGAGAUGCAGCAGAAGAAAAGGAGCUGCUGAGGAGCCAGGGAGUCGAGUGCUAUGAACUGAGAAGCCAACAGAUCUGCAAAAUUUAUGUGUAAUAGCACAGGCCCCUCUUCCUCACAAAGUCCACAAUGGGUUCUGAAAGGAGUUAUUUCUGUUCUGUCCUCUUUGGCUUGUGAUAUAAAGUUUUCACCUCAUGGCUUGAUUUUUUUAAAAAAAGGAAAUACGUGCGAAAAAUACAUUUUGGAGCAUCCACUGGCCUAUUUAGAUAGACUUGAGGUAAUGAAAAAGUUGUCCCAGGAACCCCACAGAGAUAAAUAUGAUUGUUGCCCCAAAACGACUUUGAAAGCAAAGGGAUAUUUCAAGUUAGAAAGACAGAAAAAAACAAUGAUGUCAUUUAGAGAGGGGAAAACAUUUGGUCUUUCUUGUUCGUGUCAGUUCCGAUGUGAUAAUAUAGAAUAAUAAAUCCAACUUUGGAAGUUCAGAACUUAAAGUAUUUUGAAACACUUUGCAUUUUUAGAAAUUAUAUCCUGAUUUUGUCUUAAAAAUUAAUCUUAAUCUUUCCCAGAGCUGUUUUGGGAAGACCAUUGUCAAUAUGGUAGGACACUUUAUUCAAGGGCUUUCUAGUCAUUUACUUUGCUGUUCAGAGGCAGCCCAGUUCAAUUUGUAAAAGAUGGGUAACAGUCUUGCAGUUUCUUACCUUUUCCAUCUGGUUGUGGUGCCAAGGCUUGUCUCAUCUGUCUGAUGUAGACAUCCAUUAACUCUCCUCGGUACCACUUGAAAUAAGCAACUGAGCUAACAACAGUGUGCUUGCUAUGCAAACACAGCUUCAAAGCAAAUCUCUUAAACCCGCUGGCAAUGAGAGGGUGUCCCUUAAGCUCUCCUUUAAUAGAUAUUUUGCAGCCAUCACCAUUCUUCUUACAUAUGGAUUUCUCCAUUGUCUUUGCCAGUUCUUGACAGAUACUGAAGAUUGGCUUCCCCUGAAUUUUCACCAAAGAUUCUCCAACAUCUCUUGCGUGUUACAGAGAUCUUUUUUUUUUUUUUUUAGAUUUUAUUUAUUUAUUCAUGAGAGACACAAAGAGAGAGAGAGAGAGGCAGAGACAUAGGUAGAAGGAGAAGCAGGCUCCAAGCAGGGAACCCAAUACAGGACUUGAUCCCAUGACCCCAGGAUCACACUCUGAGCCAAAGGCAGACGCUCAACCACUGAGCCACCCAGGCGUCCCUGUUACAGAGAUCCAUGUAUAAAAGGUAUAUUGUAUUUCCCUAACUAGGGUUCUACACAUGACCUGUACAGAACUUGGAAAGCAGAUGGGAACAAUGUGGGGUAGAGGGUCAUGCACAGAAAAAUUGAAUCUUUUGGGCAGCUGUGAUUGAUGAGUUUACAGUCUGGUACCAUCUUUGAUGCCAAGCGUGAAUGGCAAUGUUUGGGGUUUCUGAUAAAACAGUCUUAUGUUGGACAUUUCUCUUGGCUGUGAGUAUAGGUUUGGUUCCAGCCCUCUCAGAAUUCUGUAAGCUCUUCAUACUCUGUAGUGAAUUUUUGUUGUUGUUGUUUUAAUACCUGGAAUAGAUUCUGUAGUUUGUAUCUAAGAAUCUUGAUUCUUAUACUAAAGACAGUUAUAGGGAACAAACCUUGAAGAACAUAGGAACCUAGGAUUGAUUUUUUGGCCCUAUCGAGCAAACCAGGGAGGACUCGUAGCAUUAGAGAGUGGGAAACAGCUCAUGUCAUUCCAUAAUGAAAUUUUCAUUGUGGUUAUUUUGAAUGUCCACUGGUGGUAUAAAUGGUUGGUGUGGUAGGCUAUAGAACUUGAAGGGUAAAUGUAACUUAUGGUCCAACUGGGGCACUUUUGAAAGUGAAAGUCAUUAACAAUUCCAGGAUAACAGACAUAAGCAGAACGGUGCCAGACAGACUGGGAAAGUCACCCUAGAUAUGGUAAGACCCUACAGGUAUGGUCAUCACCCUAUAGGGUGAUAUCCUGUAGGGUAAGCUGGCUCUUUCUAACUGUGCUAGAGGGCUUACAGAAAGAAAAUAAUAGCUUGAGAUUUAAAAUUCACAGCUUUAGGGCAGCUCGGGUGGCUCAGCGGUUUGGUGCUGCCUUCAGCCCAGGGCCUGAUCCUGGAGACCCAGGAUCGAGUCCCACGUCAAGCUCCCUGCGUGGAGCCUGCUUCUCCCUCUGCCUGGGUCUCUGCCUCUCUCUCUCUCUGUGUCUCUCAAGAAUAAAUAAAUAAAAUCUUAAAAAAAACUAAAAUAAAAUUCACAGCUAUAGAUGUGGUAAAAGAAAAAUCCAGGGAGUUUCUAUGACUGAUCUAUAAGGAUCUUAUAAAGGGGUUGACAUAGUUGGAAAUCACACACACAGGUUUGAUCUUGCAAAUUGGUAAAAGGCAUUGUAGGUAGAAUUCACAGACCUGCCAGAUCUCUUUAAAAUAUUUAUUUAUUUAUUUAUUUGAGAGAGAGUGAGAGAGCGCAUGUGCAAACAGAGGGAGAAGAAGACUCUCUGUUGAGCAGAAAGCCCGACAUGGGACUCAAUCCCAGGACCCUGAAAUCAUGACCUGAGCCUAAGGCAGAUACUUAACCUACUGAGCUAUCCAGGCACCCCAUCGGAUCUUAAUGAAUAUGAGAACCCUGAUUACAAAAUAGAAGACAUUUGAAAAAUAGUAACUUUGGAGAUAAUUUAGACAACUUUAAGGAUAUUGAACCCGUAAACUCCACUGGUUUUCUUGCUAGCAGAAGCAAUCCUGUGAGAUGAAGCUGUUCUGACCUCACCAAAGAUAGUUACCUUGCUAGGGGGUGCCGAUUUUCCUCAAUGUCUUUAGACAAUUGGAAUCACACUCUAGCAUAUCCCAGGGAACCAAUUGCAAAGUCAAAUAUAGGGGAAUAAAAAUUUCAAGGUUUUACUAAUUUAUGCAACAAAAGACUUGGAGGAAUAUAUGGAGGAAUGAACUCUGGAGGUGCUAGCUCAGAGAGGGAAGUGCAUAAUUUUAGAUUGAAUUGAAUUUUUUUAAUAGGUCCUCUUACCAGAUUUUGGGUUAAAUAUUCUGGUUUGAGCAGCUGGGAAUAUUUCUAACCGUUUACUUGGUUGAUUAAAAUAUGACCUCUACAGUGACAUGCACUAAAUGAAAUAGACCAGAAACUCGUUGGCAUAAUAUAGAGGAAGAAAAUGAAUUUAAUAAAUUAGAGAAUUGGAAUAUAGGAAUGGUUUUAUCAUGCAUGUCCUGUUCUCCAUCCCCAAAACUAUUUUCUUCUGUGAAGGCCCAGAGGACACUUAUAGCACUGAGCUGAAAAAUACAUUGGGAACACAAGAUCAGGAUUUUUGAGAGGUGCUUUAGAGGCUGUCUGUAGACUAUGGAUGAAGGCAGGAGUAUCUUUGAUUCCUUAGUCUCAGUUGGAAUGCCGGGAUCCUGGAGUGGCAGAGGUCAGAUAGCAGCAUAGCAAUGUUAAGGGGCUGUCAGGCAGGAGUGUUAAUCAGAUUAGAUGAUGUUUGUUAAUGGUAAAGUGACCGAUGACAGAGGUAGUGGGCUAGUCCACUAAAGAACUCAUUCAUCUGAAUAAUCAUAAUCUUAGUAAGAUCUAGUCCUCAUAUAAAAAGACCUUAUUUGACAUAUCAUGGUGGAUUUCCAGAGCUGAGUCUACUGAUAACUCAGUAAGAGAGCUCUUGACUGAAAUGGAGACUUUUCAUUUUUCCUGAAAAAGGAUCUUUGCUCUUCGUAUUUAAUGUUGAAUAUUAUGAAUGAUAUUAUGUUUGUCCAUUAGGUAUCUUUUUUUAAGAUUAUUUAUUUAUUUAUUCAUGAGAGGCAGAGAGAGAGAGAGAGAGAGAGAGAGAGAGGCAGAGACACAGGCAGAGGGAGAAGCAGGCUCCGUGCAGGGAGCCCAAUGUGGGACUCCAUCCUGGGACUCUGGGAUCAUGCCCUGAGCUGAAGGCAGAUGCUAAGCCACUGAGCCACCCAGGGAUCCCCCGGUAUCUUUCAUUUUGUAUCACUUCUAGUAUGUUCUGAUCUUGAGGUAAGGAACUUAGGUUAUUCCCAUGGAUACCUUUAUUAUUAACCCAACAGUAUGUAAUUGUUAGUGCUUCAGGAGCAUAGCCUAAGAGAUGUCUGUCUUCCUGGGAGGUCUGGAACAGUAUGUCAAUGAAAGUAAUGUUUGAUAUGAGUAGGAGUUGACUGGGCAGGUGAUAUGGAAAAGGACAGAUAUGGCAAAAGGAAACACAUACACGAAGACUCGACUAUCAUGUGUGGAGAACUAUGAAUACAUAUCUGUGGGAAGGCACAUAUAAUGUAUUUAAAGUAGUGAAAGAGAUUAACCUGGAAAUGAGGAGAGGGAACAGGUCAUUUUGUUCCUCAACUAAAGACUUAGAAUCUUGACUGGAGGUAAUGGAGAGGUUCCUCCAUUGGAGGAAUCUCCAAUGGAGAUUUUGGAGGGUUAUAAGCAAUGAGAUUUUUAACAUGGCAGGUAAGCCUGAGUAGAAUAGGGACAGAUACUCCAUUAAGGAGAUUAUUGGAAUAGUUCAGAUGAAAAAUAAUAGGACUAAACCUAGACGGUGGGGUGAGAGGAAAGAGCAAGAAGAGGUAUUUAGGAGGUUGGUUCAUUAAGUUUUGGGAACCAAAUGGCGAAUCACAAAUGUCUGUUAGGUAUCUUAUUUGGGGUUCUGGGUGGAGAACGAUACCAAUUUCUGUAAUCAGAGAGAAAUAAGAGAGGGUAGGAAUUUGAUAUGGGAGAUGCCUUUAGGCAGGUCCUAUAAUAGAGGUCCAAGUAGACAGUUUGGCUUAUGAAUCUGGGGCAGAAUAAAGAGAUCUGGCCUAGAAAUUUGGAACUCAAGCAGAGCCUGUCCGUGUCCUACCCAUAUUUCUUUGCGUCUUACUGCAUCCUGACCCAUCUCUUCGUUGCCAGUUACUGCCCCCUAAGUCGACUGUCCUUGUGCUCAUGGCAAGCUGGAAGUGCUAAAGAUUUAAUGUCUCCUGGGAGUUAACCCUCAUGCAGCAACUCUCAGGAGUUGUGGAUAAAUACCCCAGCUCAUCUGUCCCUUGAGUAGAACAUUUCUAGAGUGUGUCUUACACCAUUUCCUAGAGCUCCCCAGCAGGACUUAACUCUUUUGCCCAUUGUGGUACUUUGCUUGAUAAUGUUCACUUUAUUAACUCCCUUGUCUUUCUUGUCUUCCUUGCUUCCCUAAUGAUGUUUCCUAAUGAUGUUGGCAUUACCUCCAAAAUAAACUACUUCUGUUUAAAUCCUUGUCUCAGGAUCUGCUUCUCAGGAAAUCCAAACUAAGAUAAGCAGUAAUGGGCAUAGAGGAAAAGUUGACUGGUUGACUACAUUUGGAAAACAGCUUAUUUUUACAGGUUUUACAAAAACAUACAAUUAUUAGAACAUGAUGCCUGAAACCUUUCCAGGGUCCUGGACAAGAAGCUCUAUAAAUGAAUGUGUAUGUGUGUGUGUGUGUGUGUGUGUGUGUGUGUCUGUGUGUGUGUGUUUUCAUGAGAAAACAUGAGAUUUGAGAUUUCAUGAGAUUUGACCUUUUAUACCAUACUUAACACUGGUUAAAUAGCCUUGGUGAGCUGGUUGUCUUCAUCUUUGAUGCUAAAAUUUGAAGUUUAGCGUAGCUGGCAAUUGGAAAGAGAAAAUUGAUGUGAGGCAGUGGAGA